AUGGCCAUGUCUGUACCCCAGACUCCAUCUCAGGAUGGGGUGACACCAUUAAAGACCAAAGGUGAAAUAGAUGAAGUACGACUAGAAGCUGCUCUCGGCCAUAAGCAGGAAUUGAAGCGGAAUUUUGGUCUGUGGAGCUUGACAAGUCUGGGCAUCGUGAUCGCAAACUCUUGGGCUUCCGCGGGCGGAACAAUCGUUGCUGCACUUCAAAAUGGUGGUCCAAUGGCAGUCAUAUACGGCUUGAUUCUCGUUAGCAUCUUCUACACUGCCAUCUCAGCAUCCCUGGCCGAAUUAUCCUCCUCCAUGCCUUCAGCGGGAGGGGUAUACUAUUGGUCCUCGGUAUUGAGUCGAAGUCGAGGACGUGGAGUAGGGUUUUUCACGGGAUAUCUCAAUGCCUGUGCAUGGCUUCUAUCUGCUGCCUCGAUGAGCUCUAUGCUAGGAAACGAAGCGGUGGCCAUGUACUUGCUUAAACAUACUAGUAUGGACUGGCAUGCCUGGCAGGUUUUUGUCGUCUUCCAGAUCGUCAAUUGGUCCUGCUGUGCCAUUGUAUGCUUCGGUAACCGACUGAUUCCACUGCUUAAUCGGAUCGCCUUGACAUUAUCUAUGGUCGGGCUCGUGGUGACAGUCAUCGUGCUGGCGGUGAUGCCCAAGAAACAUGCAAGCAAUGCUUCGGUAUGGACGGAAUACCACAAUAUGACGGGUGGCUGGUCGGAUGGGGUAUGCUUCAUGACUGGAUUAUUGAACGCAGCCUUCGCAGUUGGGACUCCCGAUUGUAUCAGCCAUCUCUCCGAAGAAGUACCAAAGCCAGAAGUUAGAGUGCCACAAGGCAUCAUGCUCCAAAUGCUCACAGCAUUCACCACCUCCUUCGUCUACCUAAUCGCCCUCUUCUAUUCUAUCCAAGACCUGGACGCCGUCUACGCCAGCAACAUCGGCUUCUUCCCAACCGCCGAGAUCUACCGACAAGCGACAGGAUCCAAUGCAGGUGCCAUUGGGCUCAUAGCUGUUCUUUUCCUCGCCACAUUCCCCACGCUCAUUGGCACCUUUGUUACGGGUGGUCGUAUGUGGUGGAGUCUUGCCCGGGACAAUGCAACGCCCUUCUCUAGUUACUUCGCCCAAAUCCAUCCUACCCUGAACUGCCCCGUUCGUGCAACGGUAGCCAUGAGUGCCAUGGUCACUUGUCUAGGAUGCAUCUACGUGGGUAGCACAACAGCCUUUCAAGCUCUGAUAUCCUCCUUCAUCGUGCUGAGCUCGUUGUCCUAUUUCGGUGCUAUUUUCCCCCACGUUCUCUCCGCUCGAAGAAACAUGGUCCCAGGCCCAUUUUACAUGGGACAGAAACUCGGUAUGGCAGUGAAUAUCACGGCGUUGCUGUAUAUCCUGGUUACCGUCGUCUUCUUCUGCUUCCCGCUCGUGCUGCCUGUGACUGUGCAGAACAUGAACUAUACGAGUGUGAUUACUGUGGGCCUGAUGGCUCUCACGGCCAUGUGGUGGAUCUUCCGGGGGAGACGCGAAUACCAAGGCCCACAGUAUAGCUUUGAAGCUGCGGAGAGGUUGAGUGCGUUUCAGGCUGGGAAGGAGGGCCGUCGGUCCUUUAUUGAUGUUGCGACUCCGAAGCCGACUUCUUUUCUUGAUGAUCAUAUUCAUGUGAGACGAUGA